AGCCGUAAUUUCACUAAUUUAUAAUUUUUUUUAUUUUUAAUUAGAGAGUGGGUGUGGUGUGGUGUGGGACGCUCUCUAAUUCUCCGCAAAUUCUUUUUUCAAAAUCCCAAAAUCUCUUCACUAUGGCAUUUCACGUAGCUUGCCCAAUUACAUGUCGCCGAAUCUGCUAUUGCACGCUAGGGUUUCCGCGAGAUCUCCACGGGGCGAAGGGAAAGACAGGCUUCUUGGACGAGGUUUCGAGAAUCGAGGAGUUUUUGAGGGAUCCUUGGGGAAUUAGGGCUUUGAGGGAAGGUACUGUUCAGGUCUCGGUCCCUAAGGUUGCGCCAGUUGUCGUGCCUGCUGCUCCAGCGGCUCCGGUUGGUAUUUUGGAUGGAGGUGGUGGAGGGGGCGAUGUUGGAGAUGAGGCAGGGUCGGUGCAGCACAAGCGUGUGGCAUUGCAGAGGAGAGCUGCCGCCACAAUGGUGGCCGCCGAGGAUUAUGCCAGGCGGUUUGAGGCUGGUGAUGUUGCGGUUUCCUCAAAAGAUACUGCUGGGAUUGAGCAGAGCCACUCUAGCAUCAACGUGAUGUGUCGGAUAUGCUUCUUGGGGGAAACUGAAGGAAGUGAAAGGGCAAAGAAGAUGCUUUCAUGCACAAGUUGUAGCAAGAAGUACCAUAGAAGCUGCUUGAGAGCUUGGGGGCAAAAUAGAGAUUUAUUUCACUGGAGUUCAUGGACCUGCCCGUCAUGCCGAAUUUGCGAGGUAUGCCGCAGAACUGGAGAUCCAAAUAAGUUUGUGUUCUGCAAAAGGUGUGAUGGUGCCUACCAUUGUUAUUGCCAGCAUCCUCCACACAAGAAUGUGAGUUCUGGACCCUAUUUGUGCCCAAAACAUACAAGGUGUAACAGCUGUGGAUCCACUGUACCGGGGAAUGGGUUAAGUGUGAGGUGGUUUUUGGGGUACACUUGCUGCGAUGCUUGUGGAAGACUCUUUGUGAAAGGAAACUAUUGCCCUGUUUGUUUGAAGGUUUAUAGAGAUUCAGAAUCAACACCAAUGGUCUGCUGUGAUGUUUGUGAGCGAUGGGUGCAUUGCCACUGUGAUGGCAUCAGUGAUGAGAAAUAUUUGCAGUUUCAAGUGGAUGGAAAUCUCCAGUACAAAUGUGCUACAUGUCGUGGGGAGUGCUAUCAGGUUAAGGAUCUUGAGGAUGCUGUUCAAGAGCUUUGGAGGAGAAGAGAUAUAUCAGAUCGAGAUUUGAUUGCUAGCUUGAGGGCUUCUGCCGGGUUGCCGACUCAAGAGGAAAUAUUUUCUAUUUCUCCUUAUUCAGAUGAUGAAGACAAUGGUCCUGCUCCGCUGAAGAACGAAUUUGGCCGUUCGAUAAAGGUAUCUCUUAAAGGAUUGGUUGAUAAGUCGCCUAAGAAGAAUAAGGAAUAUGGGAAGAAAUCAAAUAAAAUGUCUGCCAAGAGAAAAGGUUAUGAGGAAUCUUUAGUAAAUAAAAUGGAGCCACACCAGAGAUUUAGAGGACAGAAUGAUACCCAUUCUUUUAGACAUAGUAUGGAUGAUGAUAAGAACAACAAUGUGCAGUCUCACCAAAGUGGACCAGAUGUACGUUCUUCUCCCAUUGCUGGCAUAGCAAGCCGCUCUGAAGGAAUCUGCAUCAAUCAGCCAGUGGUUUUGAAACAGAAAUUUGUUGAUGAGGUGAUGGUGAAUGAUGAGGAUAGGACAUCCAGAAUUGUCAAGAUCAAGAGCAACAAACCUCUCAGUACAGAAACUGAGGAUGAUGCUGGAAGACUUGAUGGAGAGUCAAAGACUGUGAAGACAAAGAAAUUAGUUAUAAAUCUCGGUCCCCGGAAGAUUAAUGUAACUAACUCUCCAAGGUCUGAUGCUUCAAGUUGUCAUAGAGAACAAGAUUUAGUGAUCGUCAAUGGCAGCGAAGAUACAGGCCACCAGAGAAUGAAUGAGAAGUUUCUGGUGGAUAGACAUGAAGGCACUACUAAGUUUGGCAAUGGAGACAAGAUUGAUAACUCUGGACAAGUUAAACGUUUGAAGUUUGCUGGUAGAGAAGGGAAUUUGAUAAAAUUUGGAAAAUUAAGGUCUGAAGGAUCUGAUUUGAACCCCAAAUCUGGCAGAGGGAUUGGUGGUGAUGGAUAUGAAGCAAAUUCCUCAGAGCACAAACAUACUUCAUUAGCGAAAAGAAGCAUUGAAGUUAGUAGGGCUGCAGUUGUGCAUGGAGCUGAAUCUGCCACAUUAAGAAGUGACAAGGCGUUCACUGGGAAGCACUAUGAGCGCAGGCCUGACAGACAUGUUGAAAGCAAUGAGGAUCUUGGUGAUACAACUGUUUCACAUGCUUUGCCUAAAGAUCCCAAACCUUUGCUGAGGUUCAAAUUUAAGAAACCUAGUCUGGAAAAUCAAAAUUCUUGGACUUCUAAUGCCGAGGAAGAAAAGAGCUUGAUAAAGGGCCAACGAUCAAAACGAAAGAGACCAUCGCCUUCUGUGGAUAAAGCUUCAGUUAAUAUAGACGAAGAUGUUCAGCAAUUGCAUCCGGGCAGUCUAAUGGAUGAGAUGAUGGAUGCUAAUUGGAUAUUACAAAAGUUGGGCCUGGAUGCAAUCGGAAAAAGAGUGGAGGUUAAUCAACGGUCUGAUAAUUCAUGGCAUAAGGGAACUGUCACAGACAGCAUUGAAGGCACAUCGAUAUCUGUUACUCUUGAUGAUGGUAGAGUGAAGACUCUGGAACUGGGGAAGCAAGGGGUUCGCUUUGUUCCUCAAAAGCAGAAGAGGUCAAAAGCAUGAAGACUGGACGAAGGUUGUGAGGGUGGGGGCUUAACCUCUUUUGGAGACUUUCUUCCGUAGUUGAGGUGAAGGACUGAAGGUAGAUCUCCAUUCGCCAAGGGCAGACAACAUUCAAGUCCUACUUUCUGGUGUUAUAGCUGUUGAUAUCUCAUUUUGUUGAGGCAAUCAAUAUUCUCCUCUGAAUUUUCUUUCCUUCACACCUUCCCCGCUUUUAUUCCAAUACAACUUUGACUCAGAACCGUGGCUCCCUUGUCAUGCCCCUUUUAAGUUCCAGUCUGUUGUAGCUGAAAAAUGUUAAUUUUAUGCCCUUGGCUUGUUAAUGAGUAGGCAGAAGACCUUUAUUAGCAAUCUGGCCAGUUACUGAAAUCCCUCACAUCGAGGAGAUUUGACUGAUCUUGUUUCUAUUACAAAAGCUUGAUUGAAGCACUGAGAAGUUUAUUGAAGUUCUGUUAUUGAUCUAUU